CGCCACCGCGGCCCCGGCAAAAGGCUGGGACUUUACUCCGGCGGCGGAGAACGAGUCCGUGCUCCAUCUGCUGCCGCAACCGCCGCGCCCGAGCCUGAGCCACGAUGAGCGGCAGAGUCGGCGAUCUGAGCCCUAAGCAGAAGGAGGCACUGGCACAGUUUCGGGAGAAUGUCCAGGAUGUGCUGCCGACCCUGCCGAAUCCAGAUGACUAUUUUCUCCUGCGCUGGCUCCGAGCAAGAAGCUUUGACCUGCAGAAGUCCGAGGCCAUGCUUCGGAAGCAUGUGGAGUUCCGAAAGCAAAAGGACGUUGACAACAUCGAGAGCUGGCAACCUCCAGAGGUGGUCCAACAGUAUCUGUCCGGGGGUAUGUGUGGCUAUGACCUGGACGGCUGCCCGAUCUGGUAUGACAUCAUUGGACCGCUGGAUGCCAAGGGUCUGCUCCUCUCAGCCUCCAAACAGGACUUACUCAGGACCAAGAUGCGGGACUGCGAGCUGCUUCUGCGGGAGUGUGCCCGCCAGACGGAAAAGACAGGGAAGAAGAUAGAGACCAUCACCCUGAUUUACGACUGUGAGGGGCUUGGCCUCAAGCAUCUCUGGAAGCCGGCUGUGGAGGCCUAUGGAGAGUUCCUCUGCAUGUUUGAGGAAAAUUAUCCCGAAACACUGAAGCGUCUUUUUAUUGUUAAAGCCCCCAAGCUGUUUCCUGUGGCCUAUAACCUCAUCAAACCCUUCCUGAGUGAGGACACUCGUAAGAAGAUCAUGGUCCUGGGGGCGAACUGGAAGGAGGUUUUACUGAAAUAUGUCAGCCCUGACCAGCUGCCCGUGGAGUAUGGGGGCACCAUGACUGACCCUGAUGGAAACCCCAAGUGUAAAUCCAAGAUCAACUACGGGGGCGACAUCCCCAAGAAGUAUUACGUGCGAGACCAGGUGAAGCAGCAGUAUGAGCACAGUGUGCAGAUUUCCCGGGGCUCCUCCCACCAAGUGGAGUAUGAGAUCCUCUUCCCCGGCUGCGUCCUCAGGUGGCAGUUCAUGUCGGAUGGUUCGGACAUCGGUUUCGGGAUUUUCCUGAAGACCAAGAUGGGGGAGCGGCAGCGGGCUGGGGAGAUGACAGAGGUGCUGGCCAACCAGAGGUACAAUGCCCACCUCGUCCCUGAGGAUGGGACCCUCACCUGCAGUGAUCCUGGCAUCUAUGAGGACACCUCAGUCUGGACAGGUGAGAUGACCAGCUCAAGGUGGCCGAGCUAGUCAAGAGCAGGGCAGGACGCUGAGCGAUACUCCCUGGCAUAGAUUGAUCCAAAAAAGGGGCACAGAACAGGAACAGCAAGUUUACCUGUGAGGAGUAACGAUUGGCAAGUCGGCAUUCGGAAAGCUGUUUAACCUUGCUCUGCUUUGCAGUAUCGAUUAAAAGUCCCUUUGACUCAGCAA